GCAAAAAGAAGAGUGCUGUUGCAAACUCGCGAAAAAACUUCUUGUUGAUACUUUUUACCAACAAAAAGUUAUCAUACAUGGGUGUUCCAGCAUUUUUCAGAUGGCUGUCGGAUAAGUUUCCACGAGUCGCUUCCAAAGUAAUCGAGGAACUACCGAAAGAGAUUAACGGCAAUGUUAUGCCUGUCGACACAACUCAACCUAAUCCUAACGGUGAAGAGUUUGAUAACCUGUAUCUCGACAUGAAUGGUAUUAUUCAUCCUUGCUGCCAUCCCGAGGGCAAACCUGCACCAGCUACCGAAGAUGACAUGAUGAUUGAAGUAUUCGCAUAUCUCGAUCGUAUUGUGGAUAUUGUUCGUCCACGUCAGGUUUUGUACAUGGCGAUUGACGGUGUUGCCCCUCGUGCUAAAAUGAACCAACAACGUUCUCGCCGUUUCCGUGCAGCACAGUUGGCAGAAGCUGAGCGCGAAGCUGCUGAAAAGGUUGAAAAUCAGCUCAAAGAAAUUGGACAAGAACACCAGCUUCCUGAAAAGAAGGCUCAUUUCGACUCCAACUGUAUUACACCUGGCACGCCCUUCAUGGCACAUUUAGCUACGUGUCUACGAUAUCAUAUUGCGGCUAAGCAAAACAGCGAUCCUUUGUGGAAAAACCUUAAAGUUAUUUUGUCCGAUGCAACCGUUCCAGGAGAAGGUGAACAUAAGGUGAUGGAGUUUAUUCGAGUCCAGCGAUCGCGACCUCAGCAUAAUCCCAACACAUCGCACGUUAUUUAUGGUUUGGAUGCUGAUUUGAUCAUGCUUGCGCUCGGAACCCAUGAGCCACGCUUCAAGGUGUUACGUGAAGAUGUUUUCUUCCAAGACAAAAACACAUGUCGUAUCUGUAACAAGCCAGGUCACUACGCUGCCCAAUGCACAGCGAACGCGGAGGCUAGCGGUGUGGAACCACCGAAAAAGGAAGAGUCUGGUGAUAAUCUUAAGCCGUACGUAUUUCUUCAUGUCAAUAUCCUUCGAGAAUACCUGGAACAUGCCCUUAAAUUCGAUAUUCCCGGUAUCCCAUGGAGUCUUGAGCGUGCAAUUGAUGAUUGGGUCUUUAUGUGCUUCUUUGUGGGUAACGACUUUUUGCCCCAUCUUCCAUCAUUGGAGAUCCGUGAAGGUGCUAUCAGCACUCUUAGUAUCUUGUGGAAACAGUGUUUGCCAAUGAUGGGUGGGUACAUGACCAACAAUGGAGAUGUUGAUUUAAAGCGUGUACAAGUGCUUGUUUCCGAACUUGGCAAAUCGGAGGAUGAAAUUUUCAAUGAAAGAAGGGCCAAGGAGGAAAGGCGCACUCGUAAUGCCAAACGCAGAAAAUUGGAACGCGAAAUGAACCAACAAGGCGGACAGCGCAACGUACCUACCGGUAUGGAUUUUGGUGCCAUGACGGCAAUGCCUGUCAACCAAUACAACUCUGGCGUAUCCAAUAGCGCGGUAGUAUCAAACCGGUCAGCCUUGAGAACACAAAAUCAAAGUGCUGCAGCAGCGUUGAGAGCAGAAUUGCUGGGUCAACCUCAAGAACACACCGAGUUGCCACGCGAAUCUUCAGAUGGUAGCACGGCCCUAGUUCCUGAAGACAGCGGAGAAAAAGGCACUAAGCGUAAAGCAUCAGAAAUGGAGCAAGAUGAUGAAGACGAGGACGAGGAUGAUGCACCAAGUCAAACAGAAGAAACUGAUUUGGAAGCAAGAGGAAAAGCCAUUCUGGACAAGCAGGCUGCUGAUAAGAAGGCUGCUGAUCAGGCCGCGCGGGAUCGCGAACCUGAUGAUGCUGUCCGAUUAUGGGAAUCGGGAUGGAAGGAUCGUUAUUACAGAUUGAAGUUUGGAAUAGAGCUAAGCGAUCAAGAGGCUAUCAGGCACAUUGUCAAGUCGUAUUGUGAAGGUCUUGUUUGGGUGUUCAAGUAUUACUACAAGGGCUGUGCGUCUUGGUCGUGGUAUUAUCCCUAUUACUAUGCUCCAAUGGCUUCUGACUUUGUCAACAUUGAUUCAUUCGAUAUCACCUUUGAAGAGAGCGCUCCUUUGAAACCUUUCGAACAAUUGAUGGGUGUUCUGCCAGCAGCAAGUCGUUCUCAUAUUCCAGCCCCAUUCCACACACUGAUGACAGACGAAGAAGUGUCACCCAUUAUUGAUUAUUACCCAACCGACUUUGAAGUGGAUAUGGAUGGCAAAAAGUUUGCUUGGCAAGGUGUAGUCAAGUUGCCCUUCAUUGAAACUAAACGACUGCUGGAUGCGAUGGCUCCGUUCUAUGAUCAAUUGACCGAAGAAGAAUUAAUAAGAAACACUGAAGGCCCAUCUAUCCUUUAUGUGGAAGAAUCGCACAAGCUGUACAACUCGAUCAGUACCGUCUACACAAAACGUAUGUCGGAUGAACGCCUGCCAGUGGAUACAAAUUUGAGUAGUGGCAUGACGGGCACGGUGGACAAGGAUGCUGAAUGCAUUCCACGAAGCACUUUGCGUAGUCCAUUGCCAAACCAUGAUCUUUCAGAUAUCGCCAAUGAUAAAUCAAUCAGUGUAACAUAUCAACUUCCCGACGUACCAAAAGACUUUGUCUUUUCAUCGAAUUUAUUACGCGGUGUUAAGGCAGAUAGAAAUAUUCUGGGCUAUGAUGAUAUCCAGGCAGCCACAUUUGAAAAGACCUACAACAACAACAACCGUCGGGGCAAUUUCCACAGUAACAACAAUCGUGGUUGGUCUUCUCAAAUUGAUCAAAUGGAAGACUAUAGAGACCGUAACAACUAUCAACACCAAAACCGCAAUAACCGUGGAGGUUAUGGAGGUGGCGGUCGUUAUGAUGGCGGUUAUGGCGGUAAUAAUGCUGGCGGCUAUGGUUACAAUAAUAAUUACAACAAUAAUUAUGGUGGAUAUGGAGUCGGCGGCUACGGUGGUGCCAAUGGCGGCUAUGGUGAUUCCUAUGGAGGAGGAUACCAAGGAAAUAACCAACAACAGCAAUAUUAUAACCAAGGUGGUUACGGUGGUAAUGGUGGUUACAAUAACAACUAUCGCGGCGGCGGCGGCUAUAACAACAAUAACUACAAUAACCAAGGUCGAGGAGGUCACUAUCAACCAAGAGGUGGGGCACGAGGCGGUCGAGGAGGCCAACAUAACAAUCAAUCGGCACGCUGGAGCUAUGGAAACUACUAUAACAACAAUCGAAAUCCAUACUAAAGCUUCCCGCUUACAUAUUUAAACAUCCAAAAAGCAAUUGUAUAUCUGUUUUCCAUCAUGAGUGU